GAAACUGGAGUAGCGAGCGUGCAUCCCUCUCAUCAUCGAUCAGAGUACCGCAAGUUUGCACUUAUCGUCCUUCUAGACAAUUCAGAUGGCUCCGAAGGCAGCACCCACCCAUCCUCCGUACGCAGUCUUGAUCAAGGAGGCCAUCGCCAGCUUGAAAGAGCGCAAUGGUUCAUCCCUAGCUGCGAUCAGCAAAUUCGUUGGUGAGAAGCACCCAGGCCUGCCUGGGCCGUGGAAGAAGGUCCUCAGCAACAACAUCAAGAAGUUGAGCACCAGUGGAAAGCUUGUAAAGGUGAAGGCCAGCUACAAGCUCAGCGACGACUUCAAGAAGGGCCCACCGAAGAAAAAGGCGGCACCCAAGAAGCCCGCCGCUGACAAGAAGAAGCCGGCUACAAAGAAGCCGAAGACACCCAAGGCAGAGAAGCCAGCGACGGAGAAGAAGCCCAAGGCUAAGAAGCCCAAGGUUCCCAAGCCUGCUGCUGCAGAGGGUGCUGCCCCAGCCGCUGAGAAGCCCAAGGCCAAGAAGCCCAAGGCAACCAAGCCGAAGACCACAAAGCCCAAGACUACAAAGCCCAAGACUCCCAAGAAGCCCGCGGCAAAGAAGGCUGCUGCCCCCAAGAAGGCCGCUGCCCCCAAGGCCAAGAAGCCUGCAGCAAAGAAGACCCCCAAGAAGGCUGCUGCCAAGCCCAAGGCACCAAAGAAGGAGAAGGCUGCUGCUCCCAAGAAGGAGUAGAGGGGCUGCCAACAAUGCUGACCGUCAUGUGACCUGUCAAACGCUGAUGCGUGUCAGCGCUUCUGUUGUCACAGUGUGUCCUAUGACAUUGACAGAGCCUUACGGUUGCACACACCUUUUGGGGUUUUGUUGCCAAACGCAUGGCGUUCUAUUGCUGCUUCUACAUAUCACACCAAUACAAAGUAAAACAACUUGUCUCCCUGAUUCCAGACAGCUGACGUGAUCUGUUGAUGCGUGUUUGCGCACAGCACUGGAGGACUUGCAACCAGAUGUGUAGAACGAUCUGUUUACAUUGUCACACAGCAGCAUUGACUGAUGCUUUGAGUGUCUGUGCCUUAUGACUCGGAGAAGCAUUGUGCCAGAGUCCAACUUGGUCUUGACUUCUGCCAUGUUCAGGGAUUGCUUAGUGACAAGGCACUGUACUUUGAUGGGUUGCACAUACACAGCUGUGCUUAAGCUUCGCGGUCUCUCUGCGCUCAUAAUUCACAAUAUGUAACAGGCCUAGGCUUGGAAGAC